GUGGGUGGGUGGAGGAGGCCCCACCGCCUCCGCCACUGCUGUCUCUGCCACUGCCACCUGCAAAUAGCAGUUUCCUCCACCUCCAGUUCCUGCCUCCUCUCCACCGCCGCCCUAAGUUGUCACACAAAUCGGCUUGCCCCCGGUGCCCACCUCGGGCAUCAGAUGAUCUUGGUAUCAGAUUUCGAUAUAGCCUCCAGCUGAACGGAUCAAGAUGGUGUUAAAUGGGUCAUCAGAAGAGACAGUUAAAAGAAUCCACGUAGAAUGCUCUGCAUCAGGCAGGCACACCUACAUAUUUAUUAUGGUUCCAACCGUGUACACCAUCAUCUUCAUCAUAGGUAUAUUUGGAAACAGUUUGGUGGUGAUUGUCAUUUUCUGUUACAUCAAGCUGAAAACAGUGGCAAGCGUCUUUCUGUUGAAUUUAGCCCUGGCUGAUUUGUGUUUCCUAGUGACUUUGCCACUGUGGGCAGCCUACACAGCCAUGCAAUAUCACUGGCCUUUUGGAAACUGCUUAUGCAAGCUGGCUUCAGCCAGCUUAACCUUCAACCUCUAUGCCAGCGUGUUUCUACUGACAUGCCUUAGCAUUGACCGUUACUUGGCAAUAGUACAUCCAAUGAAGUCCCGGCUUCGGCGCACUAUGCUCAUUGCCCGGAUAACUUGUAUCAUCAUCUGGCUGUUAGCAGCACUUGCCAGCUUGCCUGUCAUUAUUCACCGUAGUGUAUUCUUCAUUGAGAAUGCAAACAUGACAGUAUGUGCUUUUCGAUAUGAGACCCCCAGCAAUUACACCUCUACCAACUCAGCCCCCAAUAACACAACAGUCCCGGUUGCAUUAGGCUUAUCCAAAAACAUGCUGGGGUUCUUGAUCCCAUUCAUCAUAAUUUUAACAAGCUACACAUUAAUCUGGAAGACUCUGAAAAAGGCUUAUCAGAUUCAGAAAAACAAGACCAGAGGAGAUGACAUUUUUAAGAUGAUUGUUGCCAUAGUACUUUUCUUUUUCUUUUCUUGGAUUCCUCAUCAAAUAUUCACUUUUCUGGAUGUACUGAUUCAACUACAUGUCAUUCAGGAUUGUUCUUUCAUUGACAUUGUGGAUACAGCUAUGCCCUUCACCAUCUGCUUAGCUUACUUUAACAACUGUUUGAAUCCCCUCUUCUAUGGCUUUUUUGGAAAAAACUUUAGAAAAUACUUCCUUCAGCUUCUCAAGUACAUCCCCCCAAAUGUCAGACAUUCUAGUCUAAUGACCAAGACAGCCUCUCUUUCCUAUCGACCUUCAGAAAACAUAAUCCUUUGUGCCAAAAAGAAUGGGUCCUUGGAUGCUGAGUGAUGGCUUUGCAGUACACGUGUUCAGCAACAAGUUGGCAAGAGUGAGGAUGCUCACCCAGAGUUCCAGCCAACCACUACACCUUAACAUGUUAAUCCAUCUGAGACAUCAGCCUGUGAAAAUGGAGCAAUGGUCUUUCAUUGCAUAUUGUGAAGACGAUGGUUGGUUGUUUACAGCAAGUGUUAGUGAAAGUAUGGAGGUAGCAGUGUUCAUCCACACUCUGCCUCUUUGUUUUAAUGCUUGACAAAAAGAGUAUACGGUGUACCUAGGAGGACCUCAAAAUAUGCUAGAAGGUGUGAUCAAAUUGCAUAUUUCAUUCUAUCCAUAUUAUGAGAUUUGCUUUGAGCUUGUAUGAGCAAUUCUGACUGAACCUUUCAGGAGCAUACACACAGGCUUGUUUUCAGAGUCAUGAAAAGCAAGUAAAAAUCAUGCAGCUUUUCAAGAAUGUGAAUGUUAUAUAUUGUGCACAACAUGUUUGUAAUGAAAAUCUACCUAUACUGUAUUUACCUAUAUACAUAUCAAGUCCAUUUUAGUGUCAGUAGGAAAUUUAAGGGGCCUGUCAGAAUGACGCCUACAAACACUUGUAGUAUUAUGAGUUUCUUUGAAACAAAGCAAAAGUGUACAUAAAAAGUGGAAUGAGCUGGUAUUUAAAAUAAGUAUUUCCAUUUCCAGAUUACAUUUCUGUUAAAUAUUCCACUAAGCACAGCAAAUUCAGAACACAGCAUUGCUUUGUGCAUUACAUUGAAAAAAAUGCUUCAUUAUAUAAAUAUAUUCCUUUCUGAUUUCUGCAGAUCUGUGCACUAUUUCUAAAAAUACAUAGGUGGGAAUCUUAGAUGAAAGGUUCUGUUUGCUUGGAAAUUUCAGAAGUAAAUGGCUAUUCUGAAAUACCACUUCCAGUGAAAUAGGCCCUAAGCAAGAGUUUCACAGAUCACUUAUCUGAAGGAAUACAAAGGUGCUCUGGAUAAGACAUCUUGAGCCCUAUAACAAAUAUGCACCUUUUUUUAACUACAAAGGGGGGCGGGGGUUCCCUUGCCAUCCUUUUCACAUUGUCCCUCAAAUGAACACUUUGAUGAUGAUGCCACUGGCACAUUCCUUCACCUCCAUCCUUAUAAAGGUAUGAUUGUUUUAAAUAUGAUAUGUAUUUGCUGGAUUUCACUGACAGACAUCUCUUUCCACCUUUGUUUUCUUUUUAUCUGGUUUUGCACGUCCACCUGUUUUUGCUAAAUCAUAGUGUGGGAUAUCCUUCAGUGCUCCUCCUGCCUUCUCUUGCCUUCAGUUUCUGUAUUCCCACAAAUUAUCAGGUUAGGAAGAGGUGAACAAGAAUGGUGUGCUGCAAUUGUCUGCUCAUAUUUGCCAUGAUGCAGGGGAAAAAACCUGUUCCUAAUUAUGAGUACCAUAAACAGGUACAAUGCACUGUGCUCAUGAAGCAUAGUGGGAAGGACGAUAGCUCAGUGGCAGCAUACAUAUUUUCAUGCAAAGGGUCUCAGAUUACAUCUUUGGCAUCUCCAGUUAAAAAGAUUAUAUAGUUGGCCUACAGCUGAGACCCUGGACAGCUGCUGGCAGCCCGAAUGGGCAAUAAAGAGCUAAAUGGACCAUUGGUCUGAUUCAGAAUAAUUCACCUUCGUAUAUUAAUGAACACAUUGACUUAGAUACCAUGCGGCACCCUGCUGAUGGAAGAACAGGGCACACACAGUGGCUCAAUGAGUGUAGAAGGCCCAUUGACACUGUGAGCCUCUGUGGGCCCUAAGAACUGCAUCCACAUUGGAUAUGCUUCUCCCACUGGAAAUAAUGGAAGAGGCAUCCUACAGUAUGUCACAAACCUUAAGAGCCAUGGAGGCUCUGCACACUUGAAAGCAGCAUUGAUGGGGGGCGUGUUUCAUACUCACUGAGCCAGUGCGUGUACCCAUACUUCCUUUGGUGGUGUAGAAUCCAAGGGAGAGAGUUGUGGUAUGCAAGCACAAGGCAGUGGAGUGGAAUCAGGAAUAUUAACAGUUUAAUGAGAUAGACAUUAUGUACAGAGAGGCAAGUGCAGACUGCUUUUCAGCGCUCUUGCUGCUGGCUUUUUGUUAGCCCUGCCUCUACUCCAGGAUUGGACUACAAGUAACUAAAGCCCCAUUGAAAAGCUGGCCUGGAUUAAGGAAUGGAUUAACCAAAAACACCACAGGUGGGACACUGUGAGGUAGCUAAACCAUUGAAUGGAGGCCAUGAGAUGAAGUGAUUGUGCAGAUAUAGCACAUUGCGUAAAAACUGAUUAAAAUGUGGCUAGCAUCCACACUGGCGCAGGCACACACCAUUUCCCCCACCCCUCCCUCUCAUGGCAGUUGCCAGAGCCCCCUGAAAAGCCAUUCUCAAAUGCUGAGAGACCCUAAGCAACGUGCACAUGUGCUGCAGGUGACUACAGGGGUGGGGUUUGCCAGGAAACAGGGAGGAAAUAUUUUCCACAAAUAGAAGAUGCUUCCGACCAGAUUCUGGCACUCUCACCUGCCUCUAUUGACCCAUGUGCCAUAUGCUACCCUCUUAUGCUAGCCAAUGACUUUGAGGGAUUUUUGCAUAUGCAUGACUUUGCUGGUAAUAGAGAAAGGUGUGUGGUUUGGAAUGGUAUCACAAACUUCAGAUAUUGUCGACGUCUGUUAAAAAUUUGAUGGAUUUAUUUUACUCCCUGCUAACAAUCUGGUUUGAUUUCUUUUAGCAACUGCUAUAAGUCCCAAAGCUCUUCAUCAUAAAAUAUUAACUUUACAUUAAUUCAAAUAUGUAAGCUAGGCACUGAGAGCAAUCUAAAUAAAAUAGUGGUUAAGUCACACCAUAAAUGUUUAAAAACCGUUGAAUAUCCACUUGCUCACAAUGAACAUAAGAACCCUGACUCCAGCACAUGGCAAAAUGGCCCUCAGGAAUGUUCACAGAACUAGAUGGAGAUGCCCAUACUCUGUGCCUUACUACAUAAGAACAGCCCUGCUGAAUCAGGCCCAAGGCCCAUCUAGUCCAGCAUCCUGUUUCGCACAGUGGUCCACCAGAUGCCGCUAGAAGCCUACAGGCAGGAGUUGUAGGCCCUUUCCUGGACCCUUUCUCCUGCUGUUAAUCCCCUGCAACUGGUAUUCAGAGGCAUCCUCCCUUUGAGGCUGGAGGUGGCCUUUAGCCCUCCAACUAGUACCCAAUGAUAGACCUCUCCUCCAUAAAGUUAUCCAAAGCCAUCCAGGUUGUUGGCUGUCACCACAUCUCCUGGCUCUUAUCUUCUGAUCAGAAGGGUGCCGCCUCUGCAUAUGGUGAUUGCAUUUAGCUGCCAGUACCGACUGCUACUGAUUUCAAAGGGGCCAUGGGCUGGUUCACAUUACUGAAUGUCACCAAUGCAAUUACGUAUGUAAAUUUAUGGCUAUGUGAAGUAGACUGGUGUGAACUAAAUGCUAUAUGUAGUGGGCUGGUAGCCAUCACUGUGAUCACAGCUGCUGAAAAAAGUUCAGCUAUAAUCACAGCCAUGGCUGCUGUAUAGUCACAUACAGUGUUCCCUCUAAUAGGAAUUCCCAGAUAUUGUUGACUACACCUCCCAGAAUCCCCAGCUACAAUGGUUUUUGCUUGGAGAUUAUGGGAGUUGUAGUCAACAACAUUUGGGAAUCCAUGUUAGAGGGAACACUGGUCAUACAUUAAAAUGGUGAUUAUCUUAUACAGUAUUUCUAUUUAGCAGAAAUAGAGAAAUUGUCCCCACCCAGCCCCAGCAAAGCAUCCUUCCAGUGGCUGUUGCUGGUUUCUACAUUAUGUUUCUUUUUAGAGUGUGAGCCCUUUAGGAACAGGGAAGCAUCUUUAUUUAUUUUUCUGUGUAAACCACUCUGAGAAUAUUGUUGAAAAGUGAUAUAUAAAUAUUCAUAGUAGUUGUAAUAGUACAUGAUUGCAUAGAGAAAUUCUGUAAUGUGAACAGCCAUUAGACACAUAUAACAUUCUCUGGAUUACAUCCAUUGUCUGCUAUCACUAUUUUGCAUACUCAUGAUUAAUUUCCAUUGAUAACAAAGAAAUUUCCUCAUGGGUAAAGCAUGUUCUGGAUUAAGCUAGUCCCAUUUUUCUCAUUUCUCACUUUUCUCCUUAAAGGGGAACACAAGUACAAUAUAAAUUUUGCAUUUGUUUUUAUUGUCUCCUGCACCUCAAAGUUCUUGUUAACAUUAAUGGAUGGCCCACUUGUCAAAUGGGAAAACAUAAAAAUCAGAAUAAUGCAGGAAUGUCUUUUCCUGGUCAUUGCUACCUAUGUACAAAGAAUGCUUUUCUUUUCUGCAGGCAGAAUUAUUUGCCAGUGUUGCUAAAGCUGUAAAUAAAGGUAUUUAUUUCUAUUUAUUAUAUAAUAAAGCUUUAUUGGAUUUAAGCUUCAUUUUCUGUCAUCUUGGAUUUCAUGCAUCUUAUCAUAAAUACAUAGAAUAUAAAACACAUAGAAAUGUUUAAAUUUCCACAGGAGUCGAUCAAAUUAUUAAAAGGCAGCAAUUAUUAUGUGGCACAGGGAACACUAUGCCCAAAGAAUUGUAUUUGUAUAACUAAUGUGGUAGUGUUCCCACAAGAGUUUCAAAAAGUUUGAAAAACUCUUUGAAAAAAUGAAACUGGUAAUCUAACUGCUGAAAGUGUAUAUGAGUUUCUCGCAGCCUUUACUUUUCCCUUAAUGUACUGUGUAUAGGAAUUAUGUGUUAAAUGUACCCAAAGACAAAUAUGUGUAUUUGAUAAUGUAACAUCAAAAAAGUAUAACAUGGUAAUGUCUGUAAUAUUUUAUAUUUUGUGCAAGUUGGUUUUUUAAUGAUAAAACACCACAAAAACUGUCUAUAAUGUAGAUUCUAUGUAAAAGCUGUGAAAGACAUCAUCCAUACUAUACAUGGUCAUUACAAAGACUUGGCAUAUUUAUUCUUCUGUCUUUGCUAUGUGUAUCAUUUUGUAGGUUAAACCCGUAUCUCACACUACUUGCUGAAAAUACUGAUGUUCUGUCUGUGAUCAUCUACAAUACUUUGUGAAUCUAACAAAGAAGGGUAAUUCAAAGCCUUGGGUACCCUUCAGUGCAUUGAGUCCAUUUUAUAUGGUCAUAUUCUAUUAUCCAUUUCAUUGGGGGUGCCAGCUCUUCUACAAUCCCUCUUCUAAAAUGAAUGGGGAAAUCCUUGUGAAGGAGGGAGCUAUGUAUGCAUUUUGGAAUCACUGUACAUAUAAGGGAUAACUGGAUCAGGAUGUUAAGGAACAACUUUUCCAGAUGAUCCCCCAACUAUUGUCUAGGUUUUGGCAUUCAUUUUUGAAUGAUUUAGCACAUCAAAAUCAAUUUUGUGAUUGCAUGAACACAUUUAUAUCAGCCAAUUCACACACACUGUUUUGAAACAAAUUUGAACCUCUUAUUUAAACCUCACCUACAAGAUGAGGGAAAUUAGUCAAAGUAAUCCCACUGAAAUUAAGAGGACAUGUCACGUUUGAAAUUGGACAAUUAUGUGAAGAUCACUGAAUAAGCUCCUUUACUUAUUGAUUUAUCAUAUUUUUAUAUCAUCUGAUAUGUACAUCUCUAGGUGAUGUACAAUUUUUUUUAAAAAAGAUUAAAAUACACAUGAUGCAAUAAAAAGUAUAAAAGUUAUUAAAACAAAUUAUUAAAAUUAAUUCUAAUUAAAAGCUUGCGAAAACAGGAGAGUCUUGAGGGUCUUCCCGAAAACAAACAGAGAAGGAGAUGCUCUUAUUUCAGCAGGGAGCAUAUUCCGAAGCCCCGAGGCAGCCACAGAGAAAGCCCGGUCCCGAGUCACCACCAAAUAAGUCGGUGGCAACUGUAACUGGACCUCUCUAGAAGAUCGUAACAAGCGACAGGGUUCAUGACAAAGGGGGCGCUCUCUUAAAUAGCCUGGACCCAAGCCAUUAAGGGCUUUAUAGGUAAUAACCAACACUUUGUAUUUCACCCAGAAACAUAUUGGCAGCCAGUGCAGUUCUUUCAAAAUCAGUGUUAUAUGGUCCCUUUGUGUUGUCCCAGAGACCAAUCUGGCUGCCUCAUUCUGUACCAAUUGUAGUUUCCGGACUACGUACAAAAGCAUCCCCACGUACAGUGUAUUACAGUAGUCAAGCCUGGAGUUUACCAGCAUAUGUACCACUGUUUUAAGGUCAUUUAUAAGACUUAUGUCUGUUUUUGACCUAAUAAUAUCAAUACCUAAUCCUUAUAAUAACAAUACCUAAUCCAGUCUAUACCCAUGAAGAGAAGUGAAAGCUCUUCUGCCCCCCUCUAAUGACUCUCCACAUUGUAUUUUUAAAUACAGUACAGGCUACACACGUAAAUUCUAAUUUACAUGGGCCAAAAUUGUGUGUUUUGAUUUCCUUGAUAAAAUCCAGUCAUUGGCCAUGUAAUUUUUGCCCGUGUGCAUUAGAUUUUGUGUGUGCCCCAUAGUUGAAGGUUACACCAUCAUCUGGGCAUGCAAAGAUCUCAGGGUAGGUGGGCACACUGUUUUAUGUAUAGCACAGCGUGUCAUGCAUGGAAGGGGAAUGCACACUGCUUCCAUGGAAGACACAGGGGCAUGUCUGGGGCCGCACUUUUUGCCCCUGAUUAGUGGUGGCCUGGGUUCUUUGAACCCAUUCGCCCAAUGGUGGCUCUGAGCCUGGCUUUGAUGAAUUGUGUCAGAGCUGUAGCAGCACUGCUCUCAUUAUUUUCAAUUGGAGCAAGCUCUCAGCAGCUCUGACUCAAUAGUUAGGAGCCACAGAAGCUCUGUGAGCUUGGAAGAAACAAGGACAUGGUUUUAAGCUAAGAGAAGCACGCUGUACUGCAUGUACAUGAAAUUGCAAGAGGCAUCAUCUGAUCUGGGCCUAAUUUUGGCACCAAAGCAAAGUACUGACACUGAUUACUACAUCUGUGCUUCUGUAUAUUUGAUCGUAGUGAACAAUAACACAUGAAUAUGAGCCAUUAUAGCAAUCAGUGAUCACAUUAAUCAACCAGGUUAAGGUGACUUUCUUUGUCCUAUACAUUAAUAAUUGGCAACAUGCACUAUUAAAUGUCUUCUGUAGUGCAUUUUAUGCACAUAUAAUUUGUACAUUGCAUAAAAUGUAAACUGUCAUGUUUUAUAAGAACUAUUUUUGCAUAGUAUCAAUUUGGUUGUAUUUAGUGAUUCUCUUUGUAUCAUCCAUAAAAGAUAAACAGUGCUCAGACAAAACUCUUCGAUGUGUCAUAAGACAUCUAAAAGAUUUCUCUCCUCCUGGAAGAUCUGAUGUUAUAAAAAGCUAAGAAAUGUGGGAUACAAUAAAGAGAGAGUUCAAAUGAAAAUUCACCUUCUACACUUGUAGUGUGAUAACAGGUGACCCUGAAGACUCAGGUUGUAUUUGUGUUCACCAGACUCAAAUAUACAUAUACUUUCUGUGAUCACCUAAGACUAUGGAAUAAUUUACAUCCUCAGGAUCUCAGUAGCUGCCACACAUUCAUGCCACUUUGGGUUGGUCUGGUUGAUACUUACUCUGCUGGCCUGCCCCACAUGAUAAGGAAGUGAGUACUCCAUGCAUGUAAACCCCUCCUGUAUUAUACCAAAGAAAACUACAGGGCUCUGUGGGCACCAGGAGUCGGAAUUGAGUUGACGGCACACUUUACCUUUACUCCAUGCAUGGGCACAUCCUCCCCCCUUCCCUGCCUGCUGGGCACCUUUCUUAAAUUACAUGGUAUGUGCAACAUGUGUAGAGAGAUAAACUACCUCUCCACACUAUUUAGUUUGCUUGUGGUGGGGGGAGGCUGCCUUUGAAAACUUCAGCUCAUUCAGAACAGUGAGGCAAGGAUGCUUGCAGGCACUAGUUGCUACACAAGUAUUACACUUAUCCUGCGGCAGCUCCGUUAGUUGCCUAUUUGCUUCCAAGCCAGAUUCAGAGUUUUGGUUUCACCUUUACAGUCCUAUAUGGCUUGGAGCUAGGGUAGCUGUUGUACCACGUUGCCUGCAUGAAUCUGCCAGGAUCUUCAGAGCAGCAUUUCAGGCCCUACUACUGACACUGACCCAGCUGACAGAGACCAGGGAUCGGUCAUUCUCAGUCAUAGCCCAUCUCUGGAAUGCCCUUCUGGAGGAACUUGGUCAGUCUCUCUUUCCUUGGUUAAUUUUUAAAGAAUCUGAGCCUCGUUUUAAAAUAAAUGGGUUUUAAUUGAGUUUCCGGUAUUAAUUAAUUUAGCCCUUUCUGCUAUUUUACUUUGCUGAUUAGUUGUUGUUUAUGUUUGUUUUAUUACCAUUUGUUUUUAUUCUGGUUUUAUUGCUUUGUUGUUGUUAUCAUGUUUAAUUGUCUGCUACCUUGAGGAGCAGCAGGCUGGAGGGUUGGGAUGGAAAUAUUUUUUAAAAAAUAAUGACAUCCUGGCAUACCGGAAGGGGAAAACAUGUCUGUUCAUAGAGUGCUCACUUCCUCAGGGUACCAGGUAUUGCCCAAAUCAGCCCUUUGCUAUUCACUACUUAUCCAGUGUUGGAAUGUAAAACCAUCAGCUGAUAAAAUAAAUCAGACUUGAUUAAUAAUGAGUUUCAGUGAUGAAUCAAUUGAUUAUAUCUGCAUAGAACUUUAUAGAAAUAAAACUAUAAGUGUUGAGUAAUGCAUUCUUGUUUUUGGGUUGUGCAUGAAUGUGUCACAGCAGGCGCCAUCUUAUUUAUUUUUUGCAUUUAUAUCUUGCUUUUCCUUCAAGGAGCCCAAAGCAGUGUACAUGGUUAUGUUAUCCCCAUAACAACCCUGUGAGGUAGGUUAGGCUGAGAGAUACGUGACUGGCCCAGAGUCACCAGUGAGUUUCAUGACCAAACAGGGAUUUGAACGUGGGUGUCUCCAGUUCUGGUCCAAUACUCUAACCCAUGAUUGUCUCUACAGAGUGAUAAACAAGAUAGCCUUUUCUAGGAUAGAGCCUACCACUUGUGACAUAUAUGAAUAUAACAAUUUUCUAAAAUCUCCCCAUAUAGAUUUUAUGACAAAAUCUAGCUAAUCAACUGUAUAAAUUUUCCAGCUUUACUGAAUGAUAUCUUAAGAAAAUUGUUUCAAUAAGGUCCCCAUCCAUAUUUUUGUUUAAGGGUUUCCUGCCUGCCCCUCCACAAAAAUGCAUUCUACAGGCCUGCCAUAUGCAGUCUAUUAGCCAUAUAGUCUAGCUUCCCAGGUGCUUGACUAUAUCCCUUUUUAUGGAAUCCCAGACAGGCAGCAAGAAGGGAAGAUUUAUUGAGUGUCUACUGAGCUAUCAUACAUAGAUAGUGGGAUGAGUUUGACUAACUGGGUCACAUGUUGUGGAGGCAUAAUGUAAGCCAAUUAAGCCACCUUAAGAUUCCAUUUUUAGAGCAGCCUCUUCACAUAUAACCAUGCCAACUUUCAACAGACUGACGCAUCCUAAGCCUAACUUGCAUGGAACCAAGUUCUCAUGCUGGAAUGCGCCUCUCUUCUCCACACAGUAAGUUUCUGCAGCCCCUAAAAAUCUACUUCUGAGCACAGGGGACUUUCCCAAUCAGAUGGUAUGCAGCAUAGGGGACUGAAAAGGGAGGGGUAAUCUGCAAAAAAUCCCCACUUCCAUGAACAAAAGUGUCUUGGGUUUAUUAAAAACAGUUUAGAAUACAACCACAUGUUUCCAGUGUGCUGGUACAGAUGUAACACAGCACUUCACACAACGUCCUUUAACUUCAGGAAUGCACACUCCUGGAUUUAUUUCUGAUUCUGGAUUAGUUAUGUCCAAAUUGAGCAGUUCUGGUUUAUCUAUCCAGAGUUUCAAACUAAACCAGGAUCUGAACCUGGGCUCAUAUACCAGAUUCAGGGAUGGGACCAGAGCUCGGUGGUAAAAUACCAGCUUGGCAUGCAGCACAUCCCAGGUUGAAUCUCUGGAAUCUCCAGGUAGGGUUGGGAAAGACACCUAUCUUAAAACCUGGAGCCGCCACAUGAAUACAAUUAUAUGCAGUGAAACAUCUCAUAUGAAGCAUCCCUCCAAGAUUCUACCUUGCAGCUUUUUUCCAUCUGUUUUCCAAAACCUGUACUUUUGGCUCAGCUUUCUAAUGUAUUUAUGAACAAUGAGGGCAGUUAAGCCUUUCUCUUUUACUCUGUCUUCUUUUCUCUAGCCAUUAAAAAAGAGAAACAAUUUCGUUUUUCCAAGAAUUCUCCCAAACUGAAAUGAAAAAGGCAGCUCACAUUUACCCAGAACUCCAUCUGAACAUCAAAAGCCCUUAAAACUUUGGAUAUGGCCAUAGAGAACAAGUAACGAAAUAAUAACUGAAGCUGAAAAUAUUUAUAUAUUCCUAAAAGUAUGUGUGAUACGAGUUGAAUUUUUUCCUAUAUGACAAAUACUGUAAGAGAUUUAAAACACAUAAUGUUCCUUUUCAUUAUUUUUAUAGUAGAGGGUACAGCAAUGCUUCAUAUUUCAAGCUCCCAGAACACAACUGUUCACUGUGAAAAUAUAAAGCAAGUUAAGAAUAUUUAAGGGCAACUGUUCCCACUAUGGAUCUGCAGGUUGACUGAGAAAAUGUAUACUGCUUGCAUAAUACACUUCAGUGAUAGAGUGUAAGCAUAAUUUCAUAUUGUUUUAUAUGAGUUGUGAUUUUAUUGAAAUAAACACUGCUUAUUUUUAAACUAA